AUGAUCUUUGAAGUUGUUUCUGAUAUGAGAUAUUUCUUUAUUGUGCUAUUGGUUACUAUAAUUGCUUUUGGAGAUUCAUUCUUGAAAAUUGCUAAUGCAAACCCUGAUUAAGAGAAAAGAUUUACCUCUGGAUUCAUUGAUUCAAUUAUUUAUACCUACAAAAUGAUAUUGGGUGAUUUUGACACGGAUGAAUUUGGGGAUGUUGCCCCAGCUUUAAUGAUGAUUUUAUUCUUACUUUGCACUGUUUUCAAUAUGAUUGUGAUGCUAAACCUUUUAAUUGCUAUUAUUUCAGAAUCUUUUGCUAGAGUUACUGGUAUGUCUGAUUAAGCAGUUUAUUAAGAGAUGGCCUCAAUGAUUUCAGAAAAUUCCUACUUAGUUCCAGAUUUGAGAAUGAAAACUUAUUGUGCUUAGCACAAGUAUAUACUUCUCGUAAAUAAUCUUGAAACAAUGGAAGACUCAGUUAAUGAAUAAGAGAUGUUAAAAAAUCUUGAAAAUCGUUUUAUCAAUGAGAUAAGCAUAAUUAAGGAAGAUUUAGUUUCCUUAAAAUCUGCUAUUGAAAAAAUCAUUAGAGUGACGUAAACUAUGAAUUCAAAGUUUGGUCAGAUAAAACUAAUGAUGCUAGAACAGCCUGUCAAAGAGGUGAAAGUUAAAAUCAGUAAAAUGCCACUAACAUUGACUACUUUACAUUAAUUGAAAGAAAAAUAUAAGAACGGUGGUUACAAUGAUGGUGUAGUUUGCAAAGGUAACUAAUUCGUCGGAUGCAAAAACUCAGAUAAGAUAGGAAAUGAUCAUAAUGAAGUGAUUCACCAUUGCCCUUAAUGCAAUUUCGAGUUGUGUUAGAAAUGCUUUGAGCUAAUUGAAAAUAUCCACGAACAUCCUCUAGAAAAAUUUACUUAUGGUCAUCUUUUAGAAACAUAAAAUGACUCAUACGGUGGAGGAUGGUAAUGUGAUUGUAGAUAUUUUUAAGGAUGUGUGUUAGAUGGCAAGGCCAUUAAAGAUCCUUAUGAAAUUGUUUAUCAUGACUCAAAAAACCAAUUUAAUUUGUGUGUGUCAUGUGCAAACUCCUACAAAGUCUGA